UCUAUUAUUAAUAAUGCAGAUGUAGUUAUGGAAGAUAGUAACUAUGUAGAUAAUACUAAGCUUGAUAGGCUCAUAAAUUUACUGAUAGAAGUAAAAGUCCAACAAGAGAUUAUUUCAGAAAGACUUGGAAACAUUGAAGCAUUUUUGGAAAAAACAAUGACAAUUAAUAGUGGCAAUAUUGCUUGCCAUGAGUUAGAAAAUUGUUUAAUUAAAUUUCCAUUUCAAGAUGUAGCUUCAAUACAAGAAUUUGAUAACAAAUUAAAGGACAAUGAAAAACUUCAACAGUCUAUGUUAAACUAUCUACAGUUUAUUGGAGGAACUACAAAUAAACUUUGUAUUAAUAGAUGUUUAGAGAAGGUUUUUACAAACUUUGUUGGCCAAUUUUGUUGCUGGACUGGAAAGAGAGGAAACCUAAAUGUGUCUGAUUUAAAAAUGAUUUACAUUGUGAGACCAAAAACUAAAAAUAUCUUACACUUUUAGAAGCCAUUAGAAUUUCAUACCCACAAAUGACACGAUUAUUUUGAAAGGCAAGUGAUGACGUGGUUUCAUCAUUCAAAAACAUGAUUC